CUAGUCGAUGCUGUGUAUUCUUUUAAAAAGGUUGUAAUAGCUCCGCUGAUCUUCUCUCAAUCUCAAAUUUUCUUUUGGGAAUUUUCUUUUUCUCUACUCGUCACUCUUUCCUUGAACCAUUCCUUCAUGGGAACUAUCCACUCCUUUACAUCAAAUAUCUCUUCUCUCUUUUACAUUCCUGGUGAAUAAUUAUCAAACGGCCCCAAUCUCUACAUCGGUCGGUCUCAAGUUGUGGCUAUAACCUCUGUCAGUAAAGGUCGAGGGGAGCGAUAUUUGGGGAACUACCUUUCACUCAUCGUGACGAGCUUCAGCAGUCAUUCCAUACACUCUUUACUCACAGAACAUUCAACACCACCUCAAAAAUAUCUACCAUUCCAAAUUCCUGGAACGACACAUUUGGUCCACUUUCAUCGUCUGGGUUAUCCAUGAUCCAUCUAAUAAACCGUCCAUCUGAAACGCAAAACAUCAAAAACUGACUGUCAGGUACGAGCACGGUCCGCGCUUCAUAGAUUCCGAUUUCUCUACCAAGGCCCCAGAUCGACCUUUCAGACCACUUCUAAGUUUUCGUGCAAUUCUGUUGGAGUUUUACUACUUGCAUAUCCGAUAAAAGCUGUGCUCAUCACGAUUGCUUUCUCAUCUUGUACUUUUGCUUCUUUUUACAUUCAUUAGUUGUCGACCUGUGGGGCUUUAAAAAGGAAUCCGAAUUUCUUCAGCCUUUGUAUAUCACCAGACUCCCCCCAUAUUGCAUGUUAAACUUCGAGACACUUAAUGGGCAUUGUUUGACUUCCAUAAUUACCAAAGCUAUUUAAUAUUACUCAUAAUGGGGUGGUUUGGAAACCAAGAUUUGUCUGCCAAGUUCGGCAUUGUCCUUGGUGGUGCAAUCUUCAUCGUAUUAUCCGCCGGCCUGAUAAAAGUAUGGCUCAACAAAAGAAAGCUCGCAAGAAAUAUCAAAAUCGAGGAACUGGAGAAGGCAAACAGCACGCAGGAGAGACUCAAUGUAGAGGAGCUUGGUGAAGGUGAUCUCUUUGGUGUUCGAGCAAUCGAGAGAGGUUUCUUCGGGGGUGUUUCACAAUCUCGAAGCAACUCUCCCGCCCAAUCAAUGUUCGGUCCACCCUCAACAACCGCGGUCGACUUGACAGAAACUUCCAGAGCACUUGAGGCUAUCAGAGGUCCGUCAGCUGCUAGCAGCAGUAAUAUUAGUUUAUCGAGUCGUUCCAGCGAGGUCUCCGCUCCCAAAUCGAUCAAACAUAAGCCGUCACCUCUCCGCUUACAGCCUUCUGCAGCGGAAAUCAGACGCUCUGCUCUACCUAAUGUUGGAGGCUCAUACAUACCACCAUCACCAAUCAAGGAGGUCCAGCCACAAUCGAACUUAGUCGAAGUUCAAUUCGGGAGACCCUCGGUUCCUGAGUCUCCCCCCAGCAGAACUCGAUCUGAAGAGGAGGUAUCUCAACUACAUUACCAAGGAGAGGUUCCACGCAACUUCAUGUUUUUAGCAGGUCAGCACUCGAGCGUUAGAUCUCAAGCAGGAUCUAUAUACGGCAUUGCCGAACCAUCGCCUCAGAACCAAACCAAGAUCCCCAAGAUCCCUACAGUACCAGCUCCAACACACGUCUUUGGAUUCCCUCCCCGAUUUUCCGGACGAUCACGAUCUUCAUCCCCCGAAGAAGAAUCUUCCAACAGCGACCGCUCCUCAACCUCCUCCCCCGAAUUACCCGUCCCCGCCAUCCCCUCUCCCUACAAAAACUCUUGUCAACCCACCGCCCUCCUCGAACAAGAACCACGACAACUCAACACCAAACCUCGCUCCUAUCAACCCACCCAGCCUUUCGAACCCGAAUCCCAAUCCGACUUCUACACCCACUAUCGUGAACCCAGCGUCGCCAACUCCAUCCUCACCACCCGAACAUCUAUCCUCGAUGACCCCUCUCUCUCGCGUUCCGGCUCCGUGAACCCCGUCCGCGGCCGUCCCGCCUACAAAUCUAAUUCCCGCACUCCUUCCGCCGCCUACACCCAUGGUCAAAUAUCCCGCACUCACGACUCUCUCCGCAUGUCUCGCAAAGCCUCGCUUCAAACACAGGAACGUCGGAUUUCGCGCGACAGAGAUCAGAUGCACUAUGAUCCGACGCUAUCUUCUGGGUCCGCGGUGAGAAACCGCAGCGGGAGUGUCCAGGGUCGCGCGGUGGAUUUUGAUCGUCCGAGAGAAAGCCCAUUUAGUAAUGCGAAUGCGAUUGCGGGGUCGGAACACGGGAGACAGGAGAGUUACUCGAGUGUGAGUACGGCGAGUAGCAGGGAGAGUUCGAGGGAGAGGAGAGGAAGGAGUGGGAGUGUGGGGGAGGAGGAGUGGAGGGGGAGAGGGAGGGGGAGAAGUGUUGUUGGGGAGACUAUCGUGGAGGUUUUGACGCCGCUGACGAGUCGGGGACAGAGAUUUGAUGCUAGUGAUUUGGUUUAG